GUUUCUACCUUCUUCCUGGUUCUCUCUCUCUCCGGGACUCUGGGGGGUUAGCAGGUCUGUGAGUCGGCGGUUAGCUUCAGUCCACCGGUACCGAGACCACGGAGGGUAACGGGUCUCUGUAACGGGUCUCUGUAACGGUCUGUGCUGGAUCACUGUACCGGAAACGGCUCCGUUAAACAGUGGCAGCACAAAGGGAACCAUCGACGCCGUCCAGAAGACCAGGACCCAGCUAAAACCCAGCCGUCCCUGUUUACAAGAAGAAGUGCCAACAAGCGAUCCGGUCUCAGGAGACAUAUCAGGUUUCUCUGCUGUGGUCAGUGCUGCCAGUCCUCUAGACCAGACUGCAUGCAGGGAAGAUGUUCACCUGAGCCCUCCUGAGUGGACCUCCUGAUCCAACCUCCUGAGCAGACCUCCUGAGUAGACCUCCUGAGUGGACUUCCUGAGUAGACCUCCUGAUCCAACCUCCUGAGUGGACCUCCUGAUCCAACCUCCUGAGUGUGACUCCAUCUUUCACCAAUGCCUCGAUGGAGAGCCUUCUUCAGUCAGCAUCUGCGAUGGUCCAGUCCGGUCUCCCAGGCCCUGGUCCUGUCCGUCAUCACGUUCUGUGUGAUCCUUCCUCUGAGCUGCCAUCAGCUGCUCUACUCUUACUUCUUCAUCAAGUCCAUGUACCUGGACUCCAUGAGUGAGGAGGUCCUGCAGGAGAGUCUCCAAAGAGGCCAGGACGCUCUGCGCUUCUGGCAGAGCACUUCCACCGCGGCGGCCUCCAGGUUCAGGGACAUCGCCCAGCAGCCUGACCUCCUGGUCACCGUGGUGACAGCCAGGCGGAAUGAAGGCCAGGACUUUCACUACCUGCUCCAGGUGAUGCAGCGCCUGAGCCGCCUUCUGGGGCGCUGCGGGGACCUGAAGUGUGCAGAGGUGUUGGUCUGCGAUGUGGAAAGCGGCACCCAAGAAAACCCGGAUGCCGUGCUGCUGGAGAACCAGUUCCAGGUGAUCCGGCGUUCCCCGGAGGAGCAGCAGAGGGACAGGGAGCGGAUCAACACCUUCGAGAGAGAGAAGAGGGACUACGUGUUCUGCCUCCGUAAGGGAUGGGAUCUGGUGAAGCCCAGAAACAUGGUGGUCUUGGAGGACGACGCGUUGCCGAAGGAGGACUUCUUCACGGUCAUACAGGAGCUGCUGUCCCGCCGCUUCGCCCUCCAGACCCUCUACAUAAAGCUGUACCACCCCGAGAGGCUGCAGCGCUACUGGAACCCAGAGCCGUACCGCAUCCUGGAGUGGGUGGGGCUGGGUCUGGUAGGAGCGAGCGCCCUCCUCCUCACGGUCCUGUACUGGAACCCCUGCUGCUUCUCCUUCACGCUGUCUGCCGGUCACCUGCUCUUCUUCACGCUCUACUUCAUGGCUGCCGCUGAGCUGCUGGGGCGGCACUACCUGCUGGAGGUCCGGAGACUGUCCCCCCAGCUCUACGCGGUCUCUCCGGCCACAGAGUGCUGCACGCCGGCCAUGCUCUUCCCCGGGAACUCCUCCCUCAGAGCCGCAGAGUACCUGGACGCCUCGCACUGCGUGAAGGGGAACGCCAAGGACACGGUUCUGUAUCACAAAGUGAGAACCACCCCCGGAGAAAGAUCCCACAGCGUGGAGCCAAACCUCAUCACGCACAUCGGGGCCUUUUCCUCCGUCAGACCAAACCCGUUAAGACCCAGACUCCUCUGAGGACAGGUAACCCAGACGCUGUGUUUCCAUCACAAAGACUUUAAAAGAAGACCCCCUCUCCAUCGCAGGAGUCCCAGAUCCUUUAUCUCACUCAGGACUGUCUGAAGGUUCCUGAGUGGUUGAUCUCUCCUCAGGUGAUCUUUCUUCUAGUCCUGGUAGGUCUCUGGAUCUCGGGGAUAGUGUCUUGAGGAGCGUUCUAGUCCGUAGAUAAAGUCCUGAGUACCUUUGGUGGAAACACAGCGCGAGUUCUUCCUCCCUUCUCCUUCACUUCCUGGACUUCAGCUCGGGAGGCGUUGCCAAAUCUCCACCCUCACUGAGCUGUGUCUGAAGUUUGAGACCGACGUGGAUCCAUCACUGCUGGAUCAAUACUACCACACUUUCAGAUGUGGUCCUGCUGGGAGUUUACACUCCACUCUGCUGUUCUUGUGGAUCUACUGCCUGGGAUCAUGGACCUUUACAAAAAUCAGAUGCUGUAUGUUUCCACCGCGACCAUCAUCAACCCGACGACACGGCUGUUAAACUCAUGAGUACUGGCUUUACAUCGGGGCCCACGGACACGAUGAAGGUCAUUAAAGGUCGUGUUUCACUGUUUGAACACCCAGAGCUCAUGGACUCAAAGGUCCGGGUUCCAGAUCACAUCUUCAAAUCCUGUGUUUGGGAUCCGGGCCUUUUUCCUUUCACUACGGUGUCCCUGAGAGCUCACAGCACUGCAGACCACAACACAACACAAACACACUGCAAAGACCACAACACAACAAA